AUGUGUGACAUUCUGUAUAACCCAAACUCACGCGUGAUAUCAAAAUACCAGCGCAAGCUAAAGCCUACUGCUGCUGACACAGUUUUGGAUUUAGAUGUCCAGUUCGUUUCGCCUCAUCCUAGGAAUUCCCCUCCCUACCUCCGUGACUUGAUCAAAUCCAUAUACCCGGCGGAGUUAUGUGCUCGGAUCGAAAAGCAAACAGAGAGUACAUUGGCUUUUCACGCGCUUUGCGCACUCAUUUUGAAGAAUUAUGUGUCUUCCUGGUACGGUCCAAAGAUCGCAACAACUGAUGCCGAAUUGAUGGAAAGUGUCUAUAAUUUUUUGUGCUUCAUUCAAGAAUCAAGCAGGAAGGCGGAAAUAGAUUGGCAACAUUUUUUGCUGGACGAUGUUCCAUACUUGAUGGUCCUACAUAGUGAGGCUUUCUACCUCGCGAUGCUAACAAAUGGUGGGUAUCAUGAGUUUAUGCAAAUGAAUCGAAACUCCGGCUUGAAUUCUGGAAAGCUGACAUCAGCGCUUCUGAGUUCGUUGGAGGAAGGAUCAAGGCUGGAGUACUUUUUUUUACUGGCGCUAUUUCAACAAUUGAUACUUGGGCGUCUCCUCGAAAGUGCGUUAGAACCCGCCGUCUUACUUCAGUUUACGAUAAACAGCACCCAAAAAGUGAUUAAAAUCUUACGAAGAAGAGAAAAUGAAAAAUCAUUCUUACAUUUCAUCCUUGCUGUAUUCAACUUUUUAACUCAAUUAAUCUCCUGCCUAUUUGCGAGACCGAAAAAGGGCGGCUACGCGAAACAGGAUGAUUGUCGACGACCUGUGCUUUACAGCUAUGUUUUCAGUUUCAUCAAGUUAUCCGUUAAUUUAGAAGGGAGACGACCGCUGCUUUAUGCUUGUUAUAAAUAUUUACAAUGGGCUCUUGCACGAAACAGCCUCUUGAACAGAAGCCUUCAAAAAACAGUUUUCAACAUCUUUAAUCGAACCUUUACCAAUACGGAUAAUUUGAAUUCAGCACUUCUGGGUAUGAAAGGGUUUUUAUUUCCGAAAGACAACAAGUUAAGUUUGAAAAACCAAAAUCUUAGUCAAGAGCAAAUUAAUGAAUUAAAAGUUAACUGCGAAAAAGCGUUAAGGCAACUUUCAGAUAUUUUGAAAUUGAGGUUAUUUCUAGGCUUAGAAGACUCUGACAUUCACCGGUUGGUGCAAUACUUUUCAACCGACAAGCGCAUGAAUGCCCACUUUGUGAGCUGUAUGAGCGCCUCGCUUCUAAGCCGAUUCAAAGAGAGUUGUUGA